AUGUCCACAAUUGGGAGUUUUGAAGGAUUUCAACCUAUAUCUCUGAAACAAGAGGGAGAUGACCAACCCUCAGAGACUGAUCGACUGUCCAUGGAGGAGGGAGAUCCAGGCAAGGACCCAGUACCAACGCAUAUUUCAAAGCAGCAAAGUGUAACCGAGUCAACAUUGUACCCUAAUCCUUAUCACAAGGCUAAUGUCUCCCGGAAGUACUUCGUUACACGGCCGGGGACCAUUGAGACUGCCAUGGAAGACUUGAAAGGCCACAUAGCCAAGACUUCUGGAGAGAAAAUUCAAGGCUUCUGGCUCUUAACAGAGAUAGAUCACUGGAACAAUGAGAAGGAGAGGAUUUUGGUGAUCACAGAUAAGACUCUCAUGAUUUGCAAGUAUGACUUCAUCAUGCUCAGCUGUGUGCAGUUGCAGCGAAUUCCCCUGAGUGCUGUCUAUCGCAUCUGCUUGGGCAAGUUUGUCUUCCCUGGGGUGUCCCUGGACAAGAGACAAGGAGAAGGCCUUAGGAUCUACUGGGGGAGCCUGCAGCAGCAGUCUCUAUUGUCCCGUUGGAACCCAUGGUCCACUGAGGUGCCUUAUGCUACUUUCACAGAGCAUCCUAUGAGAAAUACCAGUGAGCAGUUCCUUGAAAUUUGCAAGCUGUCUGGGUUCGUGUCUAAGCUUGUUCCAGCUAUCCAGAAUGCCCUCAAGAGUUCAAGUGGAUCUGGAGGAGGAAAAGAACUGAUGGUGAUAACUGAACCCAUUUUGAUUGAGACCUACAUGGGACUGAUGUCAUUCAUUGGAAACCGCAACAAACUUGGUUAUUCCCUUGCCCGUGGGAGUAUUGGUUUUUGA